AUGAAGACGGCAGUAAGACAUUUCGAAGAUCAUCCACCGUCUUUGGUGAUACUGGUUGCCAAUAAGAGUGCGUUCAUACAAAUCUUAGAAGAAGAAAAUGUUUUAAUCAGUUUUCAUUGUGUUGGAUAUCAGGCUGUUUUUCCAUGUCGGACGACCUCUCCCAAAUUCAACGUAACUAUCAAUGCACAAAAGAAAAUGCUCUUGUCCAGAGAAGAGAUAAAUUUUGAUCCAAAAAUUGGUUUCGUCAUGAAAAAUACGAGUUUUCUCAACCAUCGGCUUGAAUAUUAUACCAUGUAUACCUGUAAAGUCAAUCAAGAUGGAUUAUCUCAAAAGAUAGAUGUUGUUUUGGUCACUGUUCGUGAUUCUUGUGUUCACCAACCGAUAAUCAAAAUAAACGCACCAACGCAAAUCACUGUAGGCUCAACAAUCAACAUGAAGUGCAUCGUCAAAAUUGAACUAGGAAUCCCUUACCACAUCUUCUGGGAGACCCCACGAAAUUCGACAUUCCAAACCAUAAUGGAUCCUAUUCAAGAAGAAAAAAGCAACAUUGUUGAUUUAAUAACAUCAGAACUCAUUCGAACUAACAUCACUUACGAUGAUGAAGGAAAUUACACUUGCGUAGUAAGGUCCUCGCUUCACGAAAAUAAAGUUACUAAAUAUAUUCGUGUACACAAUCGUAAUAAGGCGUACAUAAACUUAUCAUCUAGUAAUGAAACUAGACACCGCACAAUUAACGAUUCAGUGACUUUUGUCGUUCAUGUCGAUGCAUAUCCAACACCAACCCUAGUAUGGUUUGACCCCAGUGGCAAGGAAAUCAUAUCAAGAAAAAAAUUUACGAUACUCAAUAUUAAACGGACAAGUAGUCUAACAAUACGCAAUAUUUGCGCUGUAGAUGAUGGCAUUUAUACCCUUAGAGUAAAUAACAGUGUCCUACAAAGGCAGUUCAAUUUUAGUCUCAAAGUUCACGCAAAACCAAAUGUUUACAUAGAUUCGGGUAGUGUCAAAUCUUAUUAUAGCUUUAAUAAGAAUGCAACGUUUACUUGCCUUGCUCACAGUAAUCCUAAGUCUAAGAUAUCGUGGUAUUACAAAAAAUGUCUGGAAUCACGAAAAGACUGUAAUACAUUAGAAUUAGAGGGUAUGGAAAUAUACAAACAGAGCAAUAAAAUAACCGAAUCAAGAUUAACAAUAGACCUACAGAUAAUAUACGGCCAAAUAAAUUGUACUGCUUGUAAUAAACAUGGCUGCAAUUCUAUGGUACAAGAAAUUCAUAUAACUGAUGCAUUACCUGGUGUCUCUUUUGGCAUUAUAAAGCCAAAUGAAGUGUUUGAAGGUGAUACUAUUAUUUUAACAUGUGCUGCUGUAAUUCACGAGUUCUCCUCGGUAAGAUGGUUAGAAGAUCAUGGAAAAAAGUCCACGAAUUAUGACAAAAUAAUAUUCAAGUCAGAUAAUACCACUUUUACGCAUCGAGCAACUCUAUUGAUCAACGGUGUUAGUCAGUCUGAUGAAAAAUACUAUCAUUGUGAAGCGACAGAUUAUGAUGGUAUGAAAAAAAUGGAAAUCUACUCCCUCAAAGUCAAUGAAGGUGCUAAACCCUUUAUGUGGGCGGCAAUGAUAGUAUGGUCAGUUAUAAUUUUAACAUUUCUUAUGGUUUAUAUUUACUUAAAAGUUCUUCGUGGAAAGAUGAAGGACAAGCAACUGAUGAAAGCUGAUCAAAUAUUGCCAAGCUAUAGGGAAGGAACAAUUGAUUACAUAUACCCAGAAGUAACAGUGGAUUAUCCUACCGAACUUCUUUUCUACGAUAUUAAAUGGGAAUUCCCUAGGAAAAAACUUCAGUUCGAUAAACAUCUAGGAAGUGGAGCCUUUGGAGUUGUAUACAAAGCAACAGCACAUGGGAUUUGUUCCAACGAAUCUUCUACUACUGUAGCUGUAAAAAUGGUUCGUAGAAAAUCUGAUCCAAUAUUUAUUCGUGCUCUGGCAAGAGAGUUAAAAAUAAUGAGCCAUCUGGGGCAACAUUUAAAUGUUGUGAAUCUUCUUGGUGCCUGCACAAAAAAUAUUGCCAAACACGAAUUUCUAUUGAUCACCGAGUUUUGCAAAUUUGGAAAUCUAGAAGACUAUUUGUUGCAUCAUAGAAAAUGUUUUAUCAAUCAAAUUGAUGCAGCUACUGGUAAAAUUAAUCCAUCCUUAGGAAAACUAUUCAAAAGCAAUGAGCCUCUAAGCUCUUACGAUUCCAAGGUGCACAAAUACUGUGGAGACUCACAACCCGAUUGUCCCUCUACCUAUGUAGGUGAUCACACAAAUAGUAAUCUCAAUCCUGUAUGCUCUCAAGAUCUGUUAUUAUGGGCAUUUCAAGUAACCAAAGGCAUGGACUAUCUCUUUCAAAAAAAAAUCUUGCACUGUGACUUGGCUGCGAGAAAUAUUCUACUGGCAGAUAACAAUAUCGUAAAAAUUUGUGACUUUGGCUUGGCCAAAAAUUUCUAUCAAGAUUAUAGUUUCGAAAAAGAAAGCUAUGGACCUAAAGCCGUAAGAUGGAUGUCCAUCGAGUCAAUGAGGGAUGGAGUGUUUUCGACAAAGUCGGAUGUGUGGUCUUUUGGCAUAGUACUUUGGGAAUUUUUUACCCUCGCUGAAACUCCGUACUCAGAAAUGGCGAUAGAGCAGAUAUACAACCAACUUAUCAAAGGCUACAGACUGGAGCAACCAAAAUAUGCCACUCGUGACAUUUACGAAAUCAUGCUUAGCUGCUGGGAGGUUGAGCCAAAUAUGAGGCCACGAUUUACAGACCUGAGUAAAAGUCUCGGAACACUUUUAGAGAAUAGCGUCAAAAUAAAUUUUUUGAAAUUAUUACGUUGUACUGGUCCAAUCUAA